AUGGUACCCAGUAAGUUAGAAAAUGCAACACCGACAGUGUAUAGCACGAAGUCUCGUGUUAAGAAAUUAUCUGAUUCAGAGUUGAAUCCAAACAUUAUUGAUCCAAUCGAUGCUCAGGAAAUCUUUGACUAUAUAAGAGAUAUCAAUGAUCCGGAACAUCCUCUUACGCUUGAACAACUGAAUGUCGUUCAAGAAGAACUCAUUGUGGUUGACAAAGAUAAUGACGAGAUGAUUGUUAAUGUUGAAUACGUUCCUACAAUACCACACUGUUCAAUGGCAACAUUGAUUGGCCUAACAAUAAGAACAAAAUUGCAACGGUCUGUGCAUCCUAGUGUGAAGUUAAUAGUGAGAAUAAUGGCUGGUACUCAUAUGUCCGCAGAUGCAAUAAAUAAGCAGUUAGCAGACAAGGAAAGAGUGGCGGCUGCACUUGAAAAUCCUGAUUUGCUGCAUGCUGUUAAUCAGUGCUUGACACCGAAGGAUUUCUAG